AUGGCACGCUUAAUUCGUUCCCUCAGAAAAACCCUAACCCUAACACAUCAAUUUCACCAUCAACAGCAACAACUAUGCAUUUCUCGGCACCUAUUCCGAAGAAGUUACAUAUCAGAGAUGCGCAAAUUAGCUUUCGAGGGUAACAUUUUGAGACUACUCCGCAACGAGAUUCAGUACGAACUCCAAACCUCUCCUCCCAACAACCCUGUUGCGAAGUUUAAUUCCUUUAUGGUGGAUGGGCGACCUGGGGAGAGGUGGAUUACUUUGAAAAGACAAUAUGCCGAUGAAGACAUUAAACUUGAAGUCACCAUGUUUGAUGGGGCUGUUCCUGCUCCAACUCCAACUCCAAACGGUGGUGUAACUAAUUCUGAUGAAAUGCAGAUGCACAUAACUGUAAUUGUGAGUAUCUCCAAGGGAGAAGAUGGUGGUGUUUUGCAAAUUGUGUGUUCUGCUUGGCCUAACAAUGUAGAGAUAAAAAGGCUGUUCAUACGUGCAGAUGAGAAGAUAAUAGCUGAGCCCUAUACUGGUCCGGAAUUCACGGAUUUGGAUGAUUCGUUGCAAGACGGGCUUUAUGAUUUUUUGGAAGUAAGAGGCAUAAAUGAUGAACUUGCUGUUUUCUUGCAUCAGUACAUGAAACACAAGGAUAAAACGGAGGUUGUAAGAUGGAUGGAAAGGGUCAAGUCUUUUAUUGAAAGGAAAUAA